GUCUCCCAAACGACGACGACGGCGACGACUACGAAGCAAAAACGUUUAUAUUAUUAUUAAAAAAAAUGAGGGAAAUGCGCUGGUGGUACGGAGCGUCGUCGUCUACUACCACUGCAUACUAGGCACAGCACGACUAGCACAGCAGAGAGUCGUCCGCUUUCGAUGUAGCCCGAGGGAGGGAGCGAGCAACAACCAAACUUAUACACAUAACCAGAGUAUAGAAUAUAUACAUACGUACGUGUGUGUGCUGCUGCACACGUUUGCUGUUGUACGCGUUAUAUAUAUAUAUAUAAAUUCACUGCAGUUGCAGCAGCUAUACGUAUAUGCUCAAUAUUUUUUUUCUCUCUCUCUUGCUCUAUACCAGCUACUGUACUCUGGCUGUACAGAAAACAGCAGAAGCAGUAUAGGACAGGGCGAAAUUUCAACCGCGAGAGAGAAAACAGCACCAAUCGCACAGAUUACCAGAAAAAAAAGAAUAAUAAUUUACUAAUCGUUAUAUUAUUGCAACAAAACAUCGUCGACGACGACUACUCGAGUGUUAUUAUAUAUUUGUGUCUGUGUGAGUGCGUCGAAGUGUUCGAUAAAUAAAUAGAAAAGAAGAAGAUAUCGUCGUUAUUUUGCAAGUGUGUCAAGUUCAUUUGUUCGUGUGCAUCGUUCUCGUGUGUUUUUUGAGUUGUGAGAGUGCGGAGAAAAAAAUUGCCGCUAUUCUAAUAACCGCUGCCAGCCGCUGCCACUUCUAUACCACUAUCUACUACUACUACUACUACUGUGCGUCGUUGUCUCUUUUUUCUCGAUUUAAAAAAUCUCUCUCUUUUACGAAUGCCUCAAGAUCUCUAAUCUUUCUCUAAUCUCUGUCGAAGAUAAUCAGUGCCUGCAUCCUCGCAUCGUUUCUUCUUUUUAUAUAAUAAAAAAAAUUAAAUAAUAGUAAUAAGAGAAGAGGAGAAGAAGAGGAAUUAAAAUAGUUUCAGCCUAUACAAAUAAAUUCGUGCCAGUGCAACAAGAGAAAAAAAAAACGACGCUCGAAGAAGCGGCGACACACACGCUCGCUCCGAAAUCGACGAUACAGCAGCGACAACAACAACAAUCGACAUACAAAACGGUUCUUUGACUGACUCGUGGAGCAUACUAUGAUAAUAACGAUAUCAGAUUGAUUGUAACCGUCGCUUCAUGCAUACCAGGUCGGUCAUGAAAAAGUUUGGUUCGAGCUGUACGACGGGCCCCACUGUACCAGGCACUGCCUCAGCGCUGUUGUAUUAUAACAAUAAUUCAUCAUCGUCCGGAGCAAGAGUAUCGUCGUCGUCCAUCAUCCUCAUCGAUCAGUCGCCGCCGCCGCCGACGCCGCUGUCAACGUCCGCGGCGACGACGUCAUUGUCAUCGUCGUCACCAUCGACUUCCUCGUUUAUUUACUCGACAACGGCCGCUGCUGCUGCGACGACGCAAGUUAUAACAGGGAAAAUUGCUACGUCGUCGUCGUCUUCUCGCUGCAGGAAGCGAAGUACAGGGCCCGCGGGCCGCAAGCAGAGGCACAAGUGCAGGACCCGCGUCAGGAGGAGCAGUACAGCAGCAGCAGCAGCAGCAGGAAACCGCGAGCUUGUUGAGCUGCGGCUACUCACCGGACUCUCAUCCCCGAGGAGCAGUAGCACAUCGACGAGGCGUUCAAGAAACUGUUAGCACCAAUAGGCAAGCGCAAGAAGGUUGCUUAAUUGUGUGCAGCCUAGACAAUGUCCCAAGUUUCUUCUUCUAUAACAGAGGAAGAACGAAGUUUGUUCCGUCCGUUCACGCGGGAAUCACUAGCAGCAAUCGAGACUCGCAUCGCCGAGGAACUUGCCAAACUCAAAGAACUUGAGAAAAAAAGAGCCGAGGGCGAGCAAAUUUAUGGACGGAAGAAAAAGAAAAAAGAAAUACGUUACGAUGACGAAGACGAGGAUGAAGGCCCACAACCCGAUCCGAUGUUCGAGCAGGGAGGUCCGCUCCCGGUCCGAAUGCACAACGAUUUUCCCACCGAGUUGGCCUCCGUCCCUCUUGAAGAUAUUGACUCUUUUUAUCACAAUCAAAGGACCUUCGUGGUCGUCAGUAAAGGCAAGGACAUAUUCAGGUUCUCCGCCACUGAUGCCCUCUACAUACUCGACCCAUUCAAUCCGAUCAGACGAACGGCCAUUUACAUAUUGGUCCAUCCCCUAUUCUCUCUCUUCAUUAUCACCACGAUUCUGGGCAACUGCGUGCUUAUGAUCAUGCCGACGACGCCCACGAUCGAGUCGACCGAAGUCAUCUUCACGGGCAUUUACACAUUCGAGUCGGCCGUCAAGGUGAUGGCAAGAGGCUUCAUCCUCCAGCCGUUCACCUAUCUCCGUGACGCAUGGAAUUGGCUCGACUUCGUAGUUAUAGCUUUAGCUUAUGUGACGAUGGGAAUAGAUCUAGGCAACCUUGCAGCUCUCAGGACAUUUCGAGUCCUCCGAGCCUUGAAGACUGUCGCUAUUGUACCAGGUCUCAAAACCAUCGUCGGAGCUGUGAUAGAGUCAGUGAAGAAUCUGCGCGAUGUGAUAAUCUUAACGAUGUUCUCCCUGUCCGUCUUUGCGCUGAUGGGCCUUCAAAUUUACAUGGGGGUCCUCACGCAGAAGUGUAUAAAGAAUUUUCCCGAGGACGGCUCCUGGGGCAAUCUCACAGCCGAGAACUGGGAGAGAUUCGUCAGCAACGACACGAAUUGGUACGGGAUGGAUGAAGCGGGCAACUAUCCUCUCUGUGGUAAUUCAUCUGGAGCAGGGCAAUGUCCACCAGGCUACACGUGUCUGCAGGGCUACGGCGACAAUCCCAAUUACGGCUACACGAGCUUCGACACGUUCGGCUGGGCCCUGCUCUCGGCCUUCCGUCUCAUGACCCAGGACUACUGGGAGAAUCUCUACCAGCUGGUGCUCCGGUCCGCGGGGCCCUGGCACAUGCUCUUCUUCAUCGUCAUCAUCUUCCUCGGCUCGUUCUAUCUCGUGAACUUGAUCCUCGCCAUUGUCGCGAUGUCCUACGACGAGCUGCAGAAGAAAGCCGAGGAGGAGGAAGCAGCUGAGGAGGCGGCCAUACGAGAGGCCGAAGAGGCGGCGAUAGCCCGCGAGAACAAGCUGCAGGCUCACGCCGAGGCCCGAGAAGCCGCUGCAGCCGCGGCGGCGGCUCAGGCCCUCGUGAAGUCGCCGUCGGACUUCUCGUGCCACAGCUACGAGCUGUUCGUGGGCCAGGAGAAGGGCAACGACGACAACAACAAGGAGCGCAUGAGCAUCAGGUCGGUCGAGUCGAUGAGCGAGCAGAGGAUCAAGAUGAGCGGCAACAACAAUCACACGGUCACGGCCGCGGCGACCACCAAAGUGCGCAGAGUCAGCGCGCACUGCUCGCAAGCCAGCCUCAGUCUACCUGGCUCCCCGUUCAAUCUUCGACGCUCGAGUCGCGGCAGCCACCAGUACACCAUACGCAACGGUCGUGGCCGUCUAGUCGGUGCGCCCGGGGGCGAUCGCAAACCUCUGGUGCUCUCCACCUACCUCGACGCCCAGGAGCAUCUGCCCUACGCGGACGACUCCAACGCCGUCACACCCAUGUCCGAGGAGAACGGCGCCAUCAUCGUGCCGGUCUACUACACGAAUCUGGGCUCGCGACACUCGUCCUACACGUCGCACGCCUCGAGGCUGUCGUACACGUCGCACGGCGAUCUGCUGGGCGGCAUGACCAAGGAGAGCAAGCUCCGAAGCAGAUCCACGAGGCCGCCCUCGGUCAACGGACACGCGGCGGCUGCAGCGACCGCCACGGCAGCUAUUGGUGUGGCCGCCGCCGAGGCUAUGCCCAAACAUCAUGCUUACGAAGGCGAUACCGACGAAUCUGUGGGCAAAGUCAAGACACAUCAAGACAAUCCUUUUAUAGAACCCUCGCAACAGCACGCCGUAGUCGACAUGAAAGAUGUAAUGGUGCUAAACGAUAUCAUCGAACAAGCCGCUGGUCGGCAAAGUCGCACAUCUGAUCAAGGAGUAUCGAUCUAUUACUUUUCAACAGACGACGACGAGGAGGGCCCGACGUUCAAGGAGAAGGCUCUGGCCCUGUUUCUGCGCUGCAUCGACAUAUUCUGCGUCUGGGACUGCUGCUGGGUCUGGCUCAAGUUCCAGGAGUGGGUGGCCUUCAUCGUGUUCGAUCCGUUUGUCGAGCUCUUCAUUACCCUCUGCAUCGUCGUCAACACCCUGUUCAUGGCGCUCGAUCACCAUGACAUGGACCGCGAGAUGGAGAGGGUGCUCAAGUCCGGAAACUACUUUUUCACGGCGACUUUCGGCAUCGAAGCGAGCUUCAAGCUCAUCGCCAUGAGCCCCAAGUAUUACUUUCAAGAGGGCUGGAACAUAUUCGAUUUCAUCAUUGUGGCACUGUCGCUGCUCGAGCUCGGCCUCGAGGGCGUUCAAGGUCUCUCGGUCUUGCGCUCCUUCCGUUUACUUCGAGUCUUCAAACUGGCCAAGUCGUGGCCGACGCUGAAUCUACUGAUCUCCAUCAUGGGCAGAACAGUUGGCGCCCUCGGUAACUUGACCUUCGUGUUGUGCAUCAUCAUCUUCAUCUUCGCCGUGAUGGGCAUGCAACUGUUCGGCAAGAAUUACACGGACAACGUGGAUCGGUUUCCGGGCGGCGAGUUACCCCGGUGGAAUUUCACGGAUUUCAUGCACUCGUUCAUGAUCGUGUUCCGAGUGCUGUGCGGUGAGUGGAUCGAGUCCAUGUGGGACUGCAUGCGAGUCGGCGACGUCUCCUGCAUCCCGUUCUUCUUGGCCACUGUCGUCAUCGGCAAUCUCGUCGUUCUCAAUCUUUUCUUGGCGUUGCUUUUGAGCAAUUUCGGAAGCUCGAAUCUGUCAGCGCCCACUGCCGACAACGACACCAACAAGAUCGCCGAGGCCAUCGAUCGGAUCGCUCGCUUCAUCAAUUGGAUCAAGAUGAGCAUAAAGAAUCUGUUCAAGAGGGCCUUUAACGCGCUCAGGGCAAAGUUCACCAAUCAGAUAUCCGAUCAGGCGCCAGGUGAGGCACCGUCCAACAGUUGGAAAGAAGAUGGAAUCGAUCGUGAUUUGAAUUUGGAUCUGGCCGAAGGUGAACUGGACGCGUACAGAGACAAGAAAAGCGUGAAGGAACUCAACAAUCAGUUCGAGGUGGCCAUCGGUGACGGCAUGGAAUUUACGAUACACGGAGAUUAUCGAACAAAGAUGAGAGGUAGCUUGGGUCUAAAUCACACGAAAGUCCACGUCAAUUCUAUAAAUCAUCGAGAUUAUAGACUAGACCACGACUACUUGGGUUACAACGAAGAUGACACAAUCAGCCAAAAGUCCUACGGAAGCCACAAGAAUCGCUCGUUCAAGGACGAGAGCCACAAAGGCAGCAUCGGCACGUCGAUCGACGGCGAGGAAAAGAAAGAUGUGAGUAAAGAGGACCUGGACGAGGAUGAGCUCGACGAUGAGGGCGAGGACGACGAUGAGGACGACGAAGACGACGAGGAUGACGAGGACGACGGCGGUCCCGACAUACGAGCUCAAAUCAUCAAGACCGACGAGGAGCUCGACGACUAUCCGGCCGACUGCUGCCCGGACAACUGCUACAAGAAGUUUCCCUUCUUGGCGGGCGAUGACGAGGCGCCCUUCUGGCAGGGCUGGGCGAAUCUUAGACUUAAGACGUUUCAACUCAUCGAAAAUAAAUAUUUUGAGACUGCCGUCAUUGUGAUGAUCCUGACGAGCAGCUUAGCUCUCGCACUCGAGGACGUUCAUCUUGCACACAGACCCAUUUUACAAGAUGUGCUGUACUAUAUGGAUCGAAUUUUCACCGUCAUCUUCUUUUUUGAGAUGUUGAUCAAGUUCCUGGCACUCGGCUUCAAGAAAUACUUCACCAAUGCCUGGUGCUGGCUCGAUUUCAUCAUUGUCAUGGUGUCUCUGAUUAACUUCAUUGCGUCGCUUUGUGGCGCGGGUGGCAUCCAAGCCUUCAAAACAAUGCGGACCCUAAGGGCCUUGAGACCGCUCAGAGCUAUGUCUAGAAUGCAGGGAAUGCGGGUCGUUGUUAACGCAUUGGUCCAAGCUAUUCCAUCCAUCUUCAAUGUGCUGCUAGUGUGCCUCAUAUUUUGGCUAAUUUUUGCCAUUAUGGGCGUCCAAUUGUUCGCUGGAAAAUAUUUCAAGUGCGUCGAUGCCAACAAAACCACGCUGAGCUUCGAAAUUAUACCUGACCGCAAUGCAUGCAUUGCCGAGAAUUACACCUGGGAAAAUUCUCCGAUGAACUUCGAUCACGUUGGCAAGGCUUACUUGUGCUUAUUCCAAGUGGCCACUUUCAAAGGCUGGAUUCAAAUUAUGAACGAUGCCAUUGACUCGAGAGAAGUGAAUAAACAGCCAAUCCGUGAAACGAACAUUUACAUGUAUCUGUACUUUGUAUUUUUCAUCAUAUUUGGAUCAUUUUUUACUCUUAACCUGUUUAUCGGAGUGAUCAUCGAUAAUUUCAACGAGCAAAAGAAAAAAGCAGGUGGUUCUCUUGAAAUGUUCAUGACAGAAGACCAGAAAAAGUACUAUAAUGCCAUGAAAAAGAUGGGGAGUAAAAAGCCUUUGAAAGCCAUUCCACGCCCAAGGUGGAGACCCCAGGCGAUCGUGUUCGAAAUCGUGACGGACAAAAAGUUCGACAUGAUAAUCAUGUUGUUCAUCGGUCUGAACAUGCUGACGAUGACCCUGGACCAUUACCAGCAGAGCGCGACUUUCAGCAACGUCCUCGACUAUCUCAACAUGAUAUUCAUUGUGAUAUUCAGCAGCGAGUGCCUCAUGAAGAUCUUCGCUCUGCGCUACCAUUACUUCAAGGAGCCCUGGAAUCUAUUUGAUUUCGUUGUCGUUAUAUUGUCAAUAUUAGGUCUCGUGCUGAGCGACAUAAUCGAGAAGUACUUCGUCUCACCGACGUUGCUCAGGGUAGUGCGAGUGGCCAAAGUCGGUCGUGUGCUGCGUCUCGUCAAAGGUGCCAAGGGCAUUAGGACCCUACUGUUCGCCCUGGCUAUGUCGCUACCGGCCCUCUUCAACAUCUGCCUGUUGCUCUUCCUCGUGAUGUUCAUCUUCGCCAUAUUCGGCAUGUCCUUCUUCAUGCACGUCAAGGACAAAUCCGGUCUUGAUGACGUUUACAACUUCAAGACUUUCGGACAGUCGAUGAUAUUGCUAUUUCAAAUGUCGACGUCGGCUGGCUGGGACGGCGUCCUCGACGGCAUAAUAAACGAGGAGGACUGCCAGGAGCCGAAUAACGAGAUCGGCUACCCGGGUAAUUGCGGCUCCUCGACAAUCGGCAUAGCCUACUUACUCUCCUAUCUCGUUAUCAGUUUCCUGAUCGUCAUCAACAUGUACAUCGCCGUCAUUUUAGAGAAUUACUCGCAGGCCACUGAGGACGUCCAGGAAGGCCUCACCGACGACGACUACGACAUGUACUACGAGAUCUGGCAGCAGUUCGAUCCGGACGGCACCCAGUACAUACGCUACGACCAGCUAUCCGACUUUCUCGACGUGCUCGAGCCACCGCUGCAGAUACACAAGCCCAACAAGUACAAGAUUGUGUCGAUGGACAUUCCCAUAUGUAAGGGCGACCUUAUGUUUUGCGUGGAUAUCCUCGACGCUCUCACCAAGGACUUUUUCGCGCGCAAGGGCAACGCGAUCGAGGAGACGGGCGAGCUCGCCGAGGUCCAGACCAGGCCCGGCGAGGUCGGCUACGAGCCGGUCUCCUCGACUUUAUGGCGCCAGCGCGAAGAGUACUGCGCGCGACUCAUACAGAACGCCUGGCGCAAGCACAAGCAGCACAAGCUCGGCGACAGCGACAUGGACACGGGCGCCGAGAUCAGUCGAGACGACGACGACAGCCGACCACAGGGUGGUGGUCCAAAUGGCGGUGGUGGUGCCGGUGGUGCUGGUGUUAGUGCCAUUGCCGCCGGAGAAGCCGUCGCCGAGAAGUCGGCCGAGGUCACGGCCCAGGCCGCGGCCAUGUCGACGCCGACGACGAGCGCCGCGCCCCAGCUCGGCUCGCCCCACUCGGGCGGUGGCUCCGAAAGCGGCGGCGGCAACGGAAACAAUCAGAUACAGACGGCGGUGCUCGUCGAGAGCGACGGAUUCAGCACGAAGAACGGCCACAGAGUGGUCAUACACAGUCGCUCACCGAGCGUCGCGUCGCGCUCGGGUGCGGACGUCUGAUGAUUGGAGACGACGACGGCGAUGGACAAGGACGAAGAAGAGGACGACGAGGAUCUGCUCGUGGUCGUCGCGCUCGACGAUGUGGAUGACGACGAUGACGACGAAGUCGAGAUCUUUAGACGGCCCGAGGACAAUCAUCGAUGAUAAGUGCGCGGCCAGAAUUGAGCUCGACGUGUACCUCAUCGUGGACAGAUUCGUCGGUACGCGAGUGUCGUCGACAGUGAUUGUGCUAAUUAUGCGCGUAUUUAUCGUAAUACCACACAGCUGUGAAUAAUCGACAUCGAACGAUGGCUCGCGGGGAGUUUGUGCCUCUUUUCUUUUUUCAUAAAUAUAUUGCGGAGACACAUCGCGGGGACGAUUCAUUCGAUUGCUUUUAUAUACAUUUAGCUUAAACUUGGGACUUUUGCGGAUAUAAUGUAGCUUAUCCAAGGCUGUUAUAUGCGACGCGUACGUACGAGGAGCUUUGUGCAGAUCGCGUCUUUUUAUAUUAAAAUAAUAAUGAAUAAAUACAUAAACGAUUGAGCGAAGCACAAUUAAACUCUCACUGUAAAAUUUAUUAUUCCAUUUUCAUUGUCACACAGGGUAUAUAAUACGCGAUUCGUCGGGCACACUAUUGCGAGUCCGUCGUUUCUAAGACAUAUAUAUACCGUGCAAAUUUUUACAACGAAAAAAAAUAAUAAUAAACCUUAUAAAUAAUUAUACAUACGCACACGAUCCCCGUGGCCAUCGUAUCGUUGCAAUUAUUGAAAAAUCCAGCCGAAAUUCGCGAUAUAGGAACACAACUACAAAAAAUCGUCAUUGUUCAAAAACAUUUGUGAAAAUUUUUCGUCGUCGUCGUUUUUUAUAUAUAAUAAUAAUACGUAUAAAUAAUAUUAUAAACAUAAAUUUAUAUAUAUGUGUGUGCACACGAAAACACUGAUGGACCGUUUGCAGGAGCUGCGGCUCGAGUGCGUGCACCGAUAAAAACGAGCAAAAAAUAAAGCAGCGCUAACCGUAUAAAUGUAAUUUUAAGAAUUACCGAAUAUGAAUUUGUCGCUCUUUCACGAAUACGCAUAAUGUAAUAUAUGUAAGAAAAAUAUAGAAAAAUACAAAAGGGUCACUGUGGGAAAAAUUCUGUACAACGCAUGCAGUAUAGAGGACGACUAGAGGUGUACGGGUGUGCGUGUAGCGGGUCACGCGCUCGAGCGCAAGUCGAGACGCGCGAUUACUUCCUCCACAGAUCGCCGACUCGAGUCAACGCGAUCGAGCGCCAACUCGGAUACGGGCAUCCAUGCGCUCGACUCCGUCCUCGCAUGCGUUCACCAGCACAGUUUUUGCAAGCUCUCGUUUGUAAACUCGCCUCGAUGGGCAAACCAUUGACGCGAAUCAGAGAUUGCACGUCUGCUGUAAUUACGAACACCAGCGCGUGUAACGUCAAAAGAGAAAAAAGGGUAAGAUAAGGGUGUCGGCAAAUGUUUAUUGCGCGCAUUGUGAGAGACAGAAUCGCAGAGUUGAACUCGCCAGGAUCUCAUGCCACAUUUGCAUUUUCAGGCAUCUCUGUAUUUUGUCAUUUUAUUUUUCAUCGUAAGAUCAUAGCAAUGUUACGUGGACAAAAAAUAUAAACCAGUGAAUAUAGAGUAUAAAAGCGUUACACCGCGAACUAUUACCUACUACAGUGUACGAAUCAUUUUUCACCACGAAAAUUUCUGUAAAUAUUAUAUAACGGGAUAAAUAUAUGGUAAAGAUUGAUAAUACUUAUACCCACGAUAAUAUAGAUAUAUGAAUAAUAAAAAACAUUAUUAUUAACUGACGAUAAAAAAAACAUUCGAUUUGCAACUAAUAUACGCUAAAUAUGCUUAAAUAUGAAUCGCACACGUACAUUUGUACAAUCUUAUAAACGUAUAUUAUACAAUAUAUACUUUUUACUCGAGAGAAACUACUACGAUAUUAUUAUAAAAUAACAAAUUUUAUUAUUGAACGAUCAUCAUUGAAUUAUGAUUAUUAUUGCGCAAUUAUGAAAUUUAUGAAUGGACAAAACACAGAUGAACAAAUAAUGAAAAUAUUAUAAAUAAGGCGUGCCGUAUAAAUGGUUGAUUAUUACGUUUUUUAUUUCUAUCGAAGAGUUUACGAGAACGCGAGCGUUCACGCAUAAAUGAAUAUUACAGAUAAAUAGAUAUAUUAUAUAAAUAAAAUAUAUGAAAGAACAAAAUCUUUACAAGAGGUAUAAAAAAAAAUAUAAAUGUGUAAUACUAUACACACGUGUGCGCGAGAACGAAAUGCGAAAACAAAUAAGGCGAGCGAGAUGACGAAAAAACGCUUAUUAAAGUUACAUUUAAAAAGGAAAAAUUAAUUACAAUCGUAUUGUACACGUCUGUCUCUCAUUCUUAAUUGCGAUUAUAAAUAUUAUACAUAAAAUAGAAAAAAAUAGCUGGACAAAUAAAACGUGCGCGCAAUGCAAUUACGUAAACAUUAACAAAUUUUACUUUCUUUUUUAGCGCGGGUUCAUUAUAUUUUUGUGUGUGCAUAAAGAAUGAGUGGUGUGUACUGGAAAAAUAUUCAUAAUGCGAAUAAACAACUCUAUGAAAUAUAAAAGAGAUUUAAUGGUGCACUUUGAAGUUAUGCAGCAAGCUAUAAGUGCUUUAUUUUGUUAUUAAUUGAUGCAACUUUACAGCAAAUCAGCUUCACACUUGUACCUAUCACGUUUACCCAAAAUCGUACAAGCAAAAUAAGAAAAAAAAGAAAGAAAGGUCGACAGAUGUUUUUGUGAUAAAAAAUAAUGUGUAUGUAUGAAAGAUGUACGUGAGAAAGCGAGCACGUUAGGAAGAUCGAACGAAGAAGGUGCGAGAAAACGCAAUCUCUCGUGUAGUUGUUUUUCACAUACUGCCAUUGUGUACGUUUUACAAAUUGAACAUCGAGCACAUACUUUUUACGAAUUUGUACAUCAUACAGUUGAAAAAAUGACUCCUUUGAUUCACUUUUAUUACUCAUAUAGAAGCAUAAAAUGUGUUCAUUCCUCCGAGUAACAAUAAAAAAUAUAUUGAAUACGUCAUUGCUUCGUAAAAACACCAAAAGUAUAUACUAUAUAUUUAAUAGAAAAUAUGUACGCGCAUUAUUUCUAAAUUUUUUCGAGGCAUUAAUUAACUAUAUUAAAGAUGAUUAAACUCAUACUUAUGAUUAUUAUUCCCGUCUGACACGAGAAUAUUCAAUAUCAAUUAACGUUCGAGAGAAGGAAUAUGAUAGACUUUAAUCUCGGUCUGCUUGCCGUCCCACACUUGAAACAAAUAUAAAAAAAAUAUAUCGAGCACUGCGAAAGAUUAAAAGUUGAAAUUGAAAAAAAUAAUAAAAAUAAUAAUAACGACAAAAUUCAACGCGAAUUAUAUUGCUAUUAUGAAAAUAAAAAUAUCUUUAUAUUAAGCGAUCGAAUGUGAGAGCACCUAAAUAAACGAGCGAAUGAUUUAUAAUUACGUGUAAUCAAUAAAAUAUAGCGCCAAUCUAACGAAGGGAAUCAAUUGCACAAAUAUUUUUUUAAGGCUCAACAUACAUUUAUAAAUGAAUAAUAAUCUUUGUAUUUGACGAACUCGUAACGAUACAAUUUACAAAGGAGGUAAAAUAAUAGGCGCUUUUUCGAAAGGUGAAUUUCCUAUGCAAAAAAGAAGUGAAAAAAAAAAGAAAAAAAAGAUAACGAGAACCUGCAUUAAUCAUAUUCGACCCACAUUCGCAAAAUAUAACUGUAUGUGCAAAUUCGUAAAACGUUUGAUCGCGACUCGACCGCCUGCAUGGAACUAGAAAAAAAUUGAUAAGACUUCUCGUGAAUCGUUGAGGAAUUGUGCUACCGAUACCCAAGAAAGCGCCUUCGUAAGGUCCUAGUCCAACCUUUCCUAGGCGUACUCUCUUGCGUUUCUUUAGCAUGCGCGAAUGUUUCUCUGCGACGCACUGGAAGACACGCGAAGUAUUCGUUUGAUAAAUUGAGGAAAAAUUUGGAAAAUUUGGAAAUGUCGAAAAUCCUUUGUAAGCGUCGAAAAUACUACGAAACUUCCCCAAAUAAUUGUUCAACAAUGAAGGCGCGACGAGAUGCAUUUCCAAGUUUUUCAAAUCAAGAAGUACGUACGAUGCUCCGAAUAGCUAGUGGUUUUGCAAGUUUUUCUCGUGCUUUCUUCAUUAUGAACAAACCAAAAAUAAAUCAUUUGUGUGGAACUGUGUAACAUCGUUGUGUAAAUGAGAUUUGAAUAAUAGCGCAAAAUUUGUUCUCUUAAUAAGUAAUAACAAAAAAAAAUAAAUAAUAAUAUAUUGGCUGACCGAACAUGCGAUUUGCAGGCUUUUUAGAAAAAAAACAAAUGCAAGGAAUAAAUAAUAUUACAUUAUUGAACAAAUCUCUUGAAAGACUCUUGAAUAACAUUAUUCGUAGAUAGAUAUGCGGGCUGUAUUGCAUAAUAGUAAUGAGAUGUUUAAAGAAAAAAACCUUAAAAAUUAAUAAAGCCGCAUUCACGCUAACGAAGGCGUGCAGAGCAGGUCAACAACAGCAAAAAAAAGUACGAAUACUCUAAAACGCAGAACUAUUAAAUACGAAAAAAUUCACAAAAAAAUUAACGAUAAAAGUAAAAAAAAUAUAUAAAAAGCAACCAGAGCCUGUCGGCCAGUGUAUUGUGAACAAGCAACUGCCAUGGGUAAUAGGAAAUAGACAAAUUGCUAAUUAACAUAAGGAGUCAAAUUUCACGCGACAAAAAAUCAUUGCUAUAGCAAUCGCUAUGCGAAUUAAUAUUUAAAAACAAAGUCCAGUCAACGAGUGCGAGUCAUUGUCACAAUUGUCUUUUUACCAUUGAAAAACUUACUAAAAUAGCGUCGGAUCAAGUAAAAUAAAAAAUUAAUUGAAUAAUAAUGACAGCUGGUGAAGAAUAAAACAGUUACUGUGGUUUUUCGUUUUGUUAUUCGAUAAACAUUUGAUUUACAAUCGAAAAAGAAAAUACAUUUUCUCGCCAAUUUCACGUAAUAUCAGUUUUAGCGUUUGUGACGUGAUAAUUUGUAUACGAAUCAUCACAAAGCAACACACUUUUGCUCUGAUAGUUUUUGCAUACAAAAGAAAAAGAAGCAUACUCUGAAUUCUAAAAACCUACCACUAUCGCACAUUUUCUAUUGUAACAGCCAUCAAAGUAAAUUGGGUGAGAUGACAAUGUCUAAAAAAAAAGAAAAAAAUUGACGUAUCUAUAAGAUAACACGAAAAGAAAAUGGAAUUUGCAACGAUGAAAAAGUAUGCAAAAUCGUUAGUGAACGGUACAUGGUAUAAUCGUAUAUAAAUAUUAUAUAUGGGUAAAAUAACACGUACAAAAUUGAAUGCGACUUGAUGUAUUAUAUUGUAUAUGUUGAGUGUGAACACGAUUAUGCACAUGUUAACGUGCUCGAUAUGAAAAAUGAGACGAUUAUUCCUUUCAAAUGCUGUAUACAAGAAAUCGUCAUCGGUAUAUGUGACAACAAAAAAAUCUUCCCCUUCCCCUCUCAUGAUGAGUCUUACAUGCAUUGCUCGACGAUUUCGUCGCAAAAAUUUGAAAGUAAAAAUCGUCGCGUGAAAAAACGUUCGGUAUAUAUAUAUACAUAUAUUCAUUUUCUUUGUAUCGUCACGCGUCAGGAAUGUUAAAACAUUCAAUAAUAAUCCAAGCAAACGAAAUCUCAUGUGUUGUACGUAAAAAAUGGUUUAUUAGCACAAUGUACAUUAAUUAUGUUUUUUGAAUCUCUAUUGUUAAAUCGGAUUUUACGGGACAAAAAAAAGAAAAGCAUUACGCCAUUAUAGAUUGUGUAGAUCAAGUAAUGGACAGCGUUAGAUUGUGUCAGAUUUUAAUUGCUACGAUCGCAGAAACAGAAAAAUAAUCGAAUGUUAUAAUCGUAUAUAAAAAUGAAUAAUCUGUACGGUGGUGUUGAUGCGUGCGCAUCAUCGUGUGCAAUCUCGACGCCUAAGUAUGGAAAACUUUAAGAUGGAGCACGAUUCAAUUUUGCAGAGCGAGAAUAAGGAUCCAGCAAAAAAUACGAAAAUUCAAAAUAUAAUUCGAAUGACGUGAAAUCACACUCAAGUGAAAAAAAUAUAUAUAAAAAAUGAGAGAUUGAUUUGUUACUCAAUUAGUUGAAAAAACGAGAAAAGACGACCCUUACAUGAAUAAUUGUAACUAUAAAUAAAUAAUUAUCGUAAUAGUUAAAAAUUAACAAGUUGUUACCGCUUUGUUAUACACGAUAUUAUUAAUAUACUAAUAUGAUAAUACAUAAAAAUUUAAGCGAA